AUGAGAAAGAGCAAAGGAAAAGCAACAGCUAUGGCCAAGAAAAAAGGGAAACCAAGAGGUAAUGGAAAAGCAGCUUUAAUACUGGAUGCUACUCAAGUUCCUCCUCAACCUCCUAGGUUGCCUGAGCGUGUCGAGGAAUGUCAUGAUGAUGAUGAUUACAUUCCUGAUGGGGACAUGAUUGAAGAGGUGGAUACAAAUGAAGAAAUAAAUGAUGAAGAAAUGAAUGGUGCAGUGCAAAAUCAUGAGGAUACAAUGAAUGAGGAUCAGAUGAAUGAUGAACUUGGGAUUGAUCCAAGACAGAGCAAUGGCCGAGAACCAACCCUUAAAGCCCCUGUUGAUGCAAAUGGAAAAGUGAUUGUUAGGUGCACAAGAGGAAUGUUUCCUGAUUAUGAGGUCAGUCACAAAGCUGUUGCUAUCAUGCGCCAAUUUUUCAAUGGUCCGUGGUUGUCAUAGAGGGAGGUCCCUACACAUGCUAAAGUUGGAAUGUGGAACAAAUUUGAGGAGAUACACACAAUUCUUCCAGGACAAUUGCAUCAU